AUGUCUAUGGAAACGUUAAACAGAACUGAGAUUGCCUUGAUUCCUAAGGUUCCCCACCCGGAAUGGGUCACACAGUUCCGUCCUAUCUCCCUCUGGGGAAGCUAUUUCAACCCGACUAGAGGGCUCAGACAAGGGGAUCCGUUAUCUCCAUACUUGUUUCUUAUCGUCAGUGAUGUGCUCUCUUCCAUGAUCAAUCAAGCCGUUACCCAUGGUUUCAUCCAAGGAAUGAAAUUUGGUAGAGGUGGCCCGGUUCUCUCACGCCUCUUUUUUGCUGACGACUCACUUAUGUUUCUCAAAGCCACUGAGAAUAAUUGCCGAGUGAUUGUGAGAAUCUUGGACUCUUACUGCACGGCCUCGGGUCAGCUUGUUAAUUUUGAGAAAUCAAAUAUGUUCUUCAGCCCAAAUACGCCUUUAGAGGUGAAGGAUAGGUUAAGGGGUAUUCUAAAUGUCACCAUCUCUGAGGAUCCGGGAAAGUAUCUUGGGCUUCCAACUAUAUGGGGUCGUUCGAAAAAGAUGGCGUUGGCUUUCGUAAAGGAUAAAAUUCUGGGAAAAAUACAGGGUUGGAAGCAUGGCUUACUCUCUCAAGCUGGCAGGGAGGUCUUAAUUAAGUAUGUUGCCCAGGCCGUCCCGUCUUACCCUAUGUCUGUUUUCCUCUUCCCGAACGGUUUCUGUCAGGAGAUUGACAGUAUUUUGGCAAAUUUCUGGUGGGGUCAAUCUCAGCAAUCAAAUAAAAUUCAUUGGAUCAGCUGGAAGGACCUUGGCAUGCCUAAGAAUGAAGGGGGAAUGGGCUUCCGCAACCUGAAGGAUUUUAAUGUUACCUUGUUGGCAAAACAAGGGUGGAGGAUGGUGAUGGAGCCUCAGGCUUUUUGGGCACAGUUGCUAAAAAGUAAAUAUUUCCCGAAUGGUGAUUUUCUCCGGGCCGGGAAGGGGGCUAAGUCGUCCUGGGCUUGGUCUAGCUUGCUGGUAGGAAGGAAUAUAAUCAUGAGAGGUGCUAGGUGGCAGGUUCUUGAUGGUAGCCGUGUUCAUCUUUGGACUGAUAAGUGGAUCCCUGGGUGUACUGAGCUUGCUCUGCAACCUAGCCAUCUAAGCCAGGUGGAUUUGGAGGCCAAGGUUGAGACUAUUAUUGACUGCCAAUCUCGUGAAUGGAACUUGGAGGCCAUUGGUGGUAUGUUUUCACCAAAUGCUGCCAAAAUUAUCAUAGCCAUGCCUUUGGGUGAUGGUUGGGAGAAGGACAGGCUUAUCUGGCCUCUAAACCAGACGGGUAGUUACACUGUCAAAUCUGGCUAUAACAUGAUUCACAUGGCUCACCUUGAUACUUCGGUCAGGCCAUCCAGCUCAAGAAUUUUAGACAAGGCUCUUUGGAAGCUGAUUUGGGGCUCUCAGAUGGUCCCGAAGUUAAAGAAUUUUUGGUGGAGAUUGGUCAAGGGUUGCUUGCCAACAAGGGAUGCUUUGUUCAGGAGACACCUCGGCACCUCCCCAUUAUGCCCUAUCUGUGGGGAGUUUCCGGAGUCUGUUGAGCAUCUUUUUCUCCUCUGGUGGUUAGAUGGUCCCCCCCCUCCCACUUCUGUUUACAAAAUAAAUAUUGAUGCUUCUUGGGUUAGUUGUACUCUGCAAGCUGGUCUGGGAGUUGUCGUGAGAAAUUCGGCUGGCAUCUUUAUGAGUGGUUGCUGUGGUACUAGACUUGCUUCUUCGGCAAUUGAGGCUGAAGCCCAUGCUGCUUUAAAGGGGCUAUUCGACGUCAUUGUAGCAGUUUUAUUUCUUGCUCUUGGCUUUGGGUCCCUCGAGAGGCAAACCGAGCAGCGGAUGCUGCAGCUCAGCGAGCUAGAAGGAGGAUGUGCGAUGAAGUUUGGGCUUCCAGCCCCCCAUCCUCUUUGGUUUAUGUGUUGCAAGCUAACAGACUUCCUUGCCCCCCGCAGUGCUAGGGAGUCUGUGCUGGAGGCGGACGGGCUCCCCUUCUGGAGGCGUCAUAGCUACUGGUCUCUGGCCUAUGUUAUUCUAGUUGUUGUGUUUUAG